GUAAAACCAAAAGGCUGCAGCUGCUGCUUGUGUUGUGUUUUCGUGUUUCAGCUGAAUAUUUCAGUAACAAUGUCUUCAGUUCAGCAGCUGAGGGAUUUUAUCAGACAGAGACUAACUGCUGCUGCGGAAGAAAUCUUCACUCAGGUAGAAAAAACCAUCUUCCGCUACGAGGAGGAGAUUAAACUGCUGGAAACCUGCUGGAAUAAACCUCAGAUAAAAACAACCAGAACCGAUCCAGACCAAGAUGAACCAGAACCUCUGCAGAUUAAACAGGAGGAACCAGAACUUUCACUGAUUGAAGCGGGCCUGGAAGAACUUGGACCAACUAAAGGAAACCAGAACCAGAAGGAUCCGGUACCUGGAGGAAUCACAGGGGAACCAGCGCAGAUUAAAGGUGACCUCACAGAACCACAGCGGCUGUACGUCCCGGUGUCCAACAGCCAGGAGGGACAGCAGCUGGUACUGAAGGAGGAGACGUCAGUGGACCCGCUGAGUUACCAGCAAACUGAAGCAGAACCAACCGCUGAGCAGCUUUACAGUUAUUAUGGUUCUGAAUGUCAGACCCAAAGUUCAGAAGGAAACGUCUCCGCUGUGUCCCAGAGUCUGUCUCAUAGAAACACUGAUUCUUCUCUGAAAUGUGACUUCUGUGAAAAAGUGUUUAACUACAAAAACAAUCUGGUUCAGCAUCGCAGGACUCACACAGGCGAGCGGCCAUUUUCCUGUAAAACAUGCGGGAAGAGCUUCUCCAAAAGCAGCAAUCUGAAGGUCCACAUGAGGUCCCACACAGGCGAGAGGCCUUUCAUCUGCAGCAUCUGCGGCAAAGCUUUAAGUUCAAACAGACAUCUGUCCGAUCACAUGGUCACCCACUCCAGCCAGAGGCCCUACGGUUGCUCAGUGUGUGGAAAAACGUUUUGUCAUGAGAGUUCCUUCCAGUACCACAUGAAAGGCCACAACGGAGACAGGCCGUAUUCUUGUGACACGUGUGGAAAAAGGUUUAUUCUCAGUUCCAGCCUGCUGACGCACAUGAGAACCCACACCGGGGAGAGACCUUUCUGCUGCACCACGUGUGGAAAACGGUUCGCUCAGAGCAGCAACCUGAGCGUUCACAUGAGAAUCCACACGGGAGAGAAGCCGUACUCCUGCCCAACGUGUGGAGAGAGUUUCUGUCGUAGAGCAGGUCUGCUCAGGCACAUGGAGACCCACAAGCCCGUCUGAAAACCGAAGAACAUUCUUUCUAACGUGGAUUUAUUUUACAGUCAGUAGCUUUUGGUUCCUGCUGCUCACACAGUCACAUUACAAACCAUCAAACACUGGAAGGGGUGCACUUAUUUAUCCUGCAAAACUGUACGACCAAUAUUUUAGAAUCCGAAGAGGAAAUAUUUCAGAGUUGGGUUUGGUUGAGGUUUGAACCAACAGGGGAAACAAACUGAUCCGUUUAAAGCAGCAAAUUAAUCAGGUGUGAAUUCACCUUUAGGGUUUUAAAGAAACCCUGACACAAUAUCUGAAAUAUUAUUAUUAACUAAUUACUAAGGUAGUUAUUAACUAGAGUCGGUUUAUUUUCUGAAGCACUGUUCAGUGCAUAACUUCCUCCAGUCAUAAUGAAAUAAAUAUCAUAUUGACAUCAGUCAGUGGUCCAUGCUUAUCCAGCACCAGUUCUUUGUUUAGCCCAGAACCAGCUCCCUGCUCUGGACCAGAACCAGCUCCCUGCUCUGGACCAGAACCAGCAGAACUGCUUUUACCAGGAAGUGAAGGUGGGAUCUUGGGAAACAGCUGGCAGUGCCUUACUUAACAAUCUGGACUUUAAAACUAGGAAACCAAAGGAGAGGAAAAUAUUGGCUCAAAUUCAGGACAGAAGCUGAUCUCUGAUCUUCCUGCAGUUUGUUUUGAAAUCACUGUCAGAGGUUAAGUAGAUUAAUGUUCCCCUGAACACUGAAAUAUUAUUUCUGACUCGGUUCUUCUAUUCUCCAGCUGUUGGUCCUGAUGAGAAAUCAGCUGAUUAGAAACACAAACGCUGCUGGUUGUUUCAAAUAAUGAUAAUUAGAAUAGAAACAUAGAGCAGAAUGUUCACUGCAGAACAUUUAAUGUUUAACCUGCAGAACGUUUCAUAUCCGGAAAUAAUAAACAGCUUUUAGUUUCUGCAGCUGAAUCAUAAAUUCUGAGGAUGAACGAUAAUCUGUGUUAUAAUCUGAAAACUUAAUUUCACACCCAUGACCCCUGACCCCUGAUAGCUUAGUGACCUCCUGCUGGUAGAGAACAGUAGAGAAAUGUUCAUCAGCUGAAGUAAAAGGUAUGAAAGAUGAAAUGAUCUCCUUCCACUCAGCAGGUGGAUCUGAUCUGCAACAAAUAUAAAUAUAUAGAAAAACACCUUAAGCUUCUGUAAAGUAAGGUGGAGGUUCUGUAGUACUGUGGGCCUGUUUCUCUGCCUUGUUAGAUUAAUUUAUUGUGAAUUCUGCAAUAGGACAUUUGAAUAAAGAUCUGGUCCAGGUCAGUAAGCUGAAAGCUGCUUCCAUUAUAUAAAUCCUACUUGAAUAAAAUAUAUUUUUCUAAAUUAUGUUAGCGGCUAUCAGCCUCCUGGGAUGGAAACACCAUGAUCAUUUAUUCAUACAACAAUCAAAACUCAUUUGUUUUUACAUUGAUUGCUGUUUUUUUC